AUGACAGCCUUCACCUUCGCAGACACGAAACAAACCUCUUCCUCCUCUCCUCUUCCUCAGAAUGCUGCUCCUGUUUGCUCUCAAUCUUACCCCCAUAUCUGGAACGAGCCUGACGCAAGUUUCUCCCAACACCCUUCCAACAUCAACUCCGAGAAGGUCGCUCUUGUUUGUCCGAGGCGGAAGAAGAACCCCUCCGCGGCUAAAAGGGAUGCUGAGGACCCUGUAGUGCUCACGAGGGAACUGUUGGAAAGCUUGUUCAGCCUUCCGCUCUCGUCCGCCUCCGAGCGGCUAGGGAUCUGUCCUACCGCCAUCAAGAAGGCAUGCAGAAAGCUCGGCAUCCCCAAGUGGCCGUUCAAGAAUCAGAGCAGGAGGGGAGCAUGCCAGAAGCAAGUGAGCGAAGCGUCAGGCGAGGACAAGGCAGUGUUCGGAGAGCCUGCUCCCCAGGCAGAGCAAGGCAGGGCGAACGAGCCCUAUCACACAGUGUCAGCGCCGGACUUGGCCGCCUUCGAGGAGCCUGCGCACCGUAAUGGAGAGAGCGAAGUGCACUAUGGUAUGAGUUCGUUCCAACCCUUAGCGCCUUUCGAUGAGGGCGUGUUGUUCCUGAAAGGGAGCGAGUUGGGUCAAGCGCUGAUGAAUCCCUUGGAAGAGGACCUAGCGGACGAGAUGUUCUGGAAGGAGAUAGAAAGAGUUAUCCCUGCCAAGCGGAGCUCUGCUUGUUAG